AUGGUCUGGUAUCCGAAAGAGUUUGUGUCAUCGAAAGAGCGCGAUUUUUACGGGCGGACUGAUGACCGCUACACACUGGUGGCAUUCAAGCGUGAGCUGCUCUGGCAUGUCUACCUACUUAUCGAAGACACCGGCGUAAAGCUGCUAGAAAAUCAAAGAUGUUUUGUCCGAGAAGCAGCCAUUCAACGCCGGUUCAUAGACAAGCCCCACCGAAAUAUCCGUAUGGUACACGGCGGCAAACGCGGAAUCCUAGAUUUCACUUAUGAUUUGGACGGAAAAACCUAUGGUGUGCUAAGAUAUGCUUACCUUCCACGCAGGCUUGACAUGGUUAUAAUGGACGAGUCUAUCAAAUACGCUGAGGAUGCUGUGUUCUCGGCCGCCUUUCAACUAUUGGCAGGGCUAGAGCACCUGCACGAAGCAAUAAAAAUUACUCAUGGAAAUUUGAACGUCACAAACAUCUUCGUCGAUACUGCGGGUGUAAUGAAAAUUGCCGACUUCAGUCUAGCCCAGGACCUCACUAAGGUGGGCCAAUGUGAAGACGCUAUGUCCCUAUGGAUUACAGUGUGGCAAAUAAUGAAGCGAGACAUCAAGAAUGCGGGACAGGAUAGGGCAGAGCUGCGUAGAACUAUUCCAAGUCCGAAUCUACAGCAUAUCCCACAUAUAAUCUCCCAGUCCUAUCAGACGCCGGUGAAAACUGUAAAAGAAUUGAAAGCUGAGAUCGAAUGGCUCGUGCCGCAGGACGUCGACUGGCCGAAAAACACGUUUGAAACGUCCUUAGCCAGCGCACCGGGCCUCAGCUCACCGAUCCCUAUGCAGCAAGCUCGCCGAGCUCUGAAUACCCCUAAAGUUCGUUCGAGCUCGGGCCACUCGAAAACAGCCGUAUUGCCGCAGGCGGAGGCAAUGGAGAUGGCGAUACCACGAGGAAGUAGAACAGCAGGAACCAUGGACGAGACGGCCGAGAAGGUUGUCUGCCGGCUGCCUCAUUUUUCCUUAAGUCUGCACGAAAUGCCCUGGUAUCCGCAAGGAUUCGGCUUCACUCCAACACAGGGAUUUGUGCGCGCAAGAAAGGACCGAUAUGUCUUAUGGGAUAUCGAGAGCAAGACCGUAUGGAAGGUCUAUCAGCUCACGGAUGAGAAGGGCAAACCCCUUGAUGAGAAUAAGAAGCACUUUCAAAGGGAAGGUUUUAACAACGUCCGACUACUGGGAUCUCGCCAUAGAAACAUACGGGCGAUACGGCAGGGCGGAAUGGAUGUCUAUAAGAAGGACGGAGUAGAUUAUGGCGUGCUGAUAUUCGACUAUCUUCCACAGUGCCUCGGAAAAGUGAUCUGGGACUCAGCCACUGCUUACAACGCUGCCGAUGUCACGUCGGCAGCGUUUCAACUCACUGAAGGCAUACGCCAUCUGCACGAUGUGUUGGGUUUGACGCACCGGGAUAUAAAGCCAGAUAAUGUCUUGAUCGAUGAUGACGGGGCUUUGAAAAUCACCGACUUCAAUAUAGCACUCUGGGAACGUUCCGGAAGCUUACACAGCGCCACAGGAACGCGACGCUAUAUGCAUCCACGACAACUAUUUGGAGGGAAUUUCAAUGACACGGACGACCUAUGGUCGCUGGGUGUUCUUAUAUGGGAACUGGUCACACGAAAGAAAUGCUUCAAUGGAAUGUCGCAGGAACAAUUGCUCGAAUAUCGAGAAAAUAAGGAAUUUGAGGUGCCCCCGUUGGAAGGCGAACAUUGGAUUACCCAGCUAAUCAAAAGGUGCUGUCAAGAAACAAACCAAGAAACCGCUGAGUGGAUGAAAAUCUGGAUCCUGGAACAG